AAGCAACGAUGCCGAUAUGGGUGGUUCUUCUUUCGCGGAUCAUUAUGAAGGAGAAGCAGACGACGAAGGUGUACUUGUCUCUGAUCCCCAUAAUAACCGGUGUCCUGUUGGCCACUGUCACGGAGCUUUCCUUUGACAUGUGGGGGCUCAUCAGCGCACUUGCUGCUACGCUGUGUUUCUCACUUCAGAACAUCUUCUCGAAGAAGGUGUUAAGAGAUUCCCGAAUACAUCAUCUUCGGUUGCUGAACAUACUCGGGUGCCAUGCUGUGUUCUUCAUGAUCCCAACGUGGGUUUUGGUAGAUCUUUCUUCCUUCUUAGUAGAGAAUGACUUGAGCACGAUGUCUCACUGGUCCUGGACCUUGAUGCUGCUUAUUAUCAGUGGAUUCUGUAACUUUGCCCAGAAUGUCAUUGCCUUCAGUAUCCUGAACCUGAUCAGCCCACUAAGUUACUCUGUUGCAAAUGCCACCAAACGAAUCAUGGUCAUCACAGUGUCCCUUAUAAUGCUUCGCAAUCCGGUUACGAGCACCAACGUCCUCGGGAUGAUGACAGCCAUCCUAGGGGUCUUCUUGUAUAACAAGACAAAAUAUGAUGCAAACCAAGAAGCAAAGAAACAGUUACUUCCAGUUACAACUGGAGACCUUGUGAACCUGGACCGGCAUCGAAACACUCCCGAGAAGUCUCAGAAUGGACUUACAGCGUUUGCACCACACGGAGACUAUCAGUAUGGUCGAACCAAUAUCUUAACAGACCACUUCCAGUAUAACCGGCAAAACUAUCCAACUUCCUACAACUUAAAUCGUUUUGAUAUAUAGAGUCCUGGCAAACAGGUAUAGACUGUGAUAUCAGAGUGUCCCCAACAUUAUCAGAAACUUUUUAGUACAUCCAUGAAUGUAAAGCCAUUUUAUUGUACAGGUUUUGCAGAAGAGAAGAUGCAUGUGUAGUGAAAGCGGUACAGACCUUCAACUUCUGCUGAGCAGAGCUUGGACGUGAAACAGCUCCAUCUGACACUGGAACUAAACACACGUUGUAGCUCUUGUACAGAGA